GAGUUCGUCACCGGUUUUAUUACUUAUUAUAAUCUAUUAAGAGAUCCCUAUCAGCUAAGGAACUCCAUAUACGACCUCGAGUUGACUACUUUGGAGGACCUGAGACGACAGCUAAACAAACUGAAGAGCUGUGCCGGUGCUAAGCUCUGCACACUCCCGGCCCGUCACAUACAUAAUCACAUUAUCGCCGUCUGUCCAAUUGAGGCUAAGCCAUACUCCCGAUCCCUCCCGACAAAUUUUUAUGACUCCCGUUCCCUCCCGACUCCCGUCCUAAAGCUGAUCGGGACUCCCGACAACUCCCGACGGGACCCGCCUAAUCCCGAAUACUCCCGACAGCUAACAAAACGCUAA